UGUAAACACAGCCAGAGCAAAAGAAAGCAGCAGCAGUUCGCUUUUGUUUGUGCGUGUUUCUGGAUCCUUUUUUCCCAAAGUUUCUGGUGAUUGUGGCCAAUAGAAAAGUGUCCGGGCCGGUGCUAGUGCUUCCCGGCGUGCACAAUAUGUUUCCACGGCCGUCACCGAUCGGUGCGGAAUGGUGCAGUUGGCGGCUUGUCGCGUUUUUGCUGCUAUCGCUGCAGAUAGGCCUAGGUGCAAAUGGACAGCGCAUGAAGGAUAAUAUGUACACAGCGGUAAACGGUGCGCAUUGCUUUCGUCGAUUAAACGGAACGCACGUAACGGGUUGCAGUUCAAAAAAUGGAGGUUCGGUGGGAGUGUUACAUUUAAUUAGCAGCAAAGAAGACAUUGAUUUUAUCGUGCAUAAGCAUCCGUCGCCGCCGUACGCGCCAAUCAUACUGCCGGCACUUUACACCCGCGAAAACAUUCUCCGGCUGCGAGAUGAGGCCGGCCCGUACGUGUCCGUGCUGGUCCUGAUGAACAAUGCCAGCGGGUUGGAACAGUUCAGCCAGGAAUCACGCUGCCCCAACCAGUACAGUGGGCUUGCGUCGAUGUUGAAGCAAAUAGCCGACGAUCAGCGGUGCAGUGUCGAUCGGGCCGAGGACAGCUGGAACCCGUGGGGCAGUGGGCUGCUGCUGGAAGACUUUCCCUUCCCCAUCUUCUACGUGGCAGGGGUGUCGGAGAUGGAAAAGCUUCUGGACUGCUACGAACGAUUUAACGCACACGAUCUUGACCAUCAGCAUCAGCGCAGCCUGUGUGCGAUCGAGGUAAAAGCGUUCAUGUCGGCAGCCGUCAGCACGGACAUCUGUAUGCGGCGGUCCAACACGUACAAUUCGCUCAUUCCCGCUACCAAGUUCUGUGAUCCGCUGCAAGGGAAAAACGUGUACGCCACACUCUUCCCACGGCCGGUCGUGCCGGAAGAGCAGCGCGUCGAGGGACCGGAACGAAUUGUGCUCGUUUCGACGCGCACCGACACCACCACCAUGUUCGACGGGGUUGGACUGGGUGCAAUGGAUUCGGUCGUCCCGUUCGCCGUGCUCGUAUCGGUGGCACACUUUCUUUCCAAAGCGCUACCAAACAACGACCGGAAUGUGCUGUUUCUGUUCUUCAACGGUGAAUCGUACGAUUACAUCGGUUCGCAGCGGUUCGUGUACGAUCUGCAGACGGGCGCAUUCCCGUCACGCAGCACCCAAACCAAACCUAUCUCGAUGGACAACAUCGAGCUGAUGAUUGAUCUCGGGUCGCUAGACAAUCUGACCGAUCUGCACGUCUAUCACGCGGCACCACAACCGAUGGCCACCAAGGUGGCUGAGUUGCUGAGAAAAAUUAAUCAAUCGUUCGGGUUCGGCAUUCAGUCGGGGCAGCCAGUGCUUACGAGCAAUUUGCCACCCGUUUCGGCUCAUUCAUUCCUGCGCGAAAACAUUACCUUCCCCGCUGUGAUCGUUGCGUCGAAGCCGGGCAAUCGGUACUAUCACUCGAUCUACGACGAUCAGGAAAAUUUGCACUACCGCUACCGGAAUCUUUCGCGGCGGUACGACUUUACGCAGCUGGAAGAUUUGGAUCUGGGUGAUCGGAGCGAUCUGUACGGGAAGGAUUCCAUUCAGAUGCGCAUCCGGAACGCAUCCACGCUGAUCGGUAUGAGUAUUUACGAGCUGCUCGUAGGAAGGGCGUACGAUCAACGGAACGGCACCAGCAGUGUGCUGAUCGACGAGUUUCUACACUGCUUCCUCGAGUCGGCCGACUGUCCGCUGUUCCGGGCGACGGUGAAACCGGACUCGCCGCACGUGUAUCCGGCACCGCCGUCCCGAUACAUAAGCGUUCACACGACGCUCACGGCGGAUGCUACCGGGUGGACGUACCGGGUGCUUGGUUUGCUGCUCGGCCAGAAGGUGGAAAACGUCACCAAAGCGGACUGUGCGGCGAUGCAUCUCCCGUACCAGUGGAUGGCCGGUUACGACGGAGCCGGGGAAUGUCGUCGGACGACGCAAAACAUGAGUCUGGCCCUGUCGCCGGCCUUCACGAACGAUACGUACGAUUUUAGCUCCUACCGAUACUCGACCUGGACCGAGUCGACGUGGUCGGAGAUGUCGGCCCGGAUAUUCCUCCGGCCUUCGCCUGCCCACGAGACGCUCACACUGUCGAUAGGCAUCGUGGUGAUGGUGAUCUCGUUCGUGCUGGUGUUUCUCAUCAACAGUCGGUCGGAUGUGCUGUUCAAUCAGGGGUCCACCUCAACGAUACCCAUUGCCACACAGCCAACACAAUGUUGAAGCGGUACGAGCUAACCCGGACUCCGGACUCUACUUGGACCGGAAAUACUGGCCGGCAUCGCAAUACUUCAUGCUCUUUGUUGUCACCAUCUUCACGCCCUAAAAACAAUCACCACAUCCUCGUCCGUUCCCACGGCUGCACACUGUCUCGGGGAGGCAGUUUUACUAUUCCAUCAGACAUUAGCUUACUUAAAAACCGAAAAUAACUAAUGAUAAACGCUACCGGUAAAUAACGUCGUAAUACAAUUGAUAUUUAUAACAUUCGUAA